GGAGCGCGCAGGAAAUAUUUUAAAUAUGGCAGAAACUAAAACCUUCCAGCUUGGAGCAACCUGCGCUCUCACCUUUUUCUUUGGCAUAAUCUGUUGGGUUGACGCAGCUUCCUUCCAGCAGCAUCAGCUGCUACAGAAAGAUCCAGACUAUGUAAUGAAAACCUUACAAAGGUUCCCAAAUCCUGAUAUGAUCAAAGCUUUGGAAUACAUAGAAGAUCUUCGCAAGCAAACUAACAAGGGAGAAAGUAGUCCUGAUUACAACUCUUAUCAAAGUGUCCCGUAUCUCCUGCAACAGAAAGAAGUCAAAGAUCAGGUUCACCUACCAGACAAUGCAAGGGAUUCUUUGACCGAAGAUGAGUCCCAAUGGGUUAAGGUAAUGCUGGAUGCUUUGCGGCAAGCUGAGAAAGAGUCAAAAGUUGGCCCAAAGGAGACUAAACCUUAUGGUCCGAGUUCAGAUAACUUUCCAGCUGGUGCAGCUGAUGAUUACGAGGCUUACAAGUGGCCUGAGUGGUGGCAAAAGUACCUCAAAGUGCCACUUGGGCGCUAUGAGGACAGUUCAAGAGAUAGUCCUUUCAAGCGCACCAAUGAAAUAGUAGAGGAGCAAUACACACCCCAAAGCUUGGCCACAUUGGAGUCUGUGUUUCAGGAGCUGGGGAAGAUGGCAGGACCCAGUAACCACAAGAAAGAAAGACUGGAUGAGGACCAGAAAUUGUAUACAGAUGAUGAAGAUGAUGUUUAUAAAGUAAAUAACAUUGCCUAUGAAGAUGUGGUUGGAGGAGAAGACUGGAAUCCCAUAGAAGAAAAAGUGGAAAGUCAAACCCAGGAAGAGAUAAAAGAUAGCAAAGAGGAAAUUGAUAAACAUGAGGAGGAGAUUGAUGAUGAAAUUAAAAGAUCUGGAAAACUCAGCAUCCUGGAAGAUGAAAUAAGAAGGAACAAUAAAGAUCAAAUGUCAGAGGAUGUUUCAAAGCUAAUGAAUUACCUGAAGAGGCUGAUAAGCGGUUCUGGGAGUAGGAAAUUAAGGACUGGAGGAGAACUUGAGGAAAAAAGAGCACUCACUUUUUUUGAUAAGCAAAUUGAUCCUCAGUCUAUAGCUCAGCUGAUAGAAAUCUCAAGGAAUUUACAAAUUCCUCCUGAGGACUUAAUAGACAUGUUGAAAGCUGGAGAAAAAAAGCAGCUUCAGAGCGAAAGGUUGGAAGCUGAACAGGAUGUAGAAUUCCCAGAAGACCUCGACGAGAUCACCGAAACCAAUCUAGGGCAGAGUGAUGUGUUUAAAAAUAAUGUAAACUCUAGAAAUGGGUACAUGAAGCAGCCUCCUAACGUUAUCCCAGAAAAUCUACCUGACGACCUCAAUAUUGAAGAUAUCAUCAGUCUUCUGGGAGCUGACAAUUUAGCUAAUCAGAAUCCCUCCUACUUACUAAAUCGUCUUAGUCAAGAGAAUGAUUUGCCAAGACUGUCUUACAUUCCCAGAAGGCUGAAAGGACACCCAUUUCCUAAAGCUGCCUGGAUGAACGAUUUGGAAAGGCGACAAAUGGAGUAUGAGAAACUGAAUGAGAAGGAUGAAGAGCUGGCUGACUACCUGGCAAAGGCCUUGGCAAAGUAUCCCGAAGUUAUCAACACGAACCAGAUGAAACGAGUCCCAGUUCCAGCUCCCGAAAGCGACCUGCAGGAGGAUGAGUGGCUGGAGCAGGCCAUCAGGGAGCACCUCAGCCAGCUGGGACCACAGGAGGCUGCCAAGUUGGCUUCGCUCAGCAAGAGGCUCUCCAUGACCGGGGAAAGCGAUGACACGCAGAACAGGCAGUAUCUGGAUGAGGAUAUGCUGGCAAAGGUGCUCGAGUAUCUAAAACAGGAGAAAUCAGAGCUUGAGAGGGAUCGCAUUAGCAAACGGGCAAUGGAAAACAUGUAAUUGUUCCCCAAAUAUUCUUUCUCUUCAAUGUGUUGGCUUCUAUCCCAAUUCAGUUGUGAUUUAUUCCCGCUCUCCCAUGAAACAACCUAUGGUAGACUACUUACCAUUGAACAGUCUGCUUACCUUUCUCAGAGCUGUUAUCUUGUUUAUUGGUAUCUAUGUUAUAAAUUACGGGGCAAACGACAAAUUGCUUCGAGUGUUUUGAGAAACAAUUGAAUGAAAUCAAGUAAAACUAUGACAUAUAAACAACCUUUGCAUUGUUAAUAAAACAUGAUAAAUGAAGAGUGACA